ACAGUACUGAGUUAAGAUGGUUUCAGCUGCUGUACUUGUAAUUUGCUCACUAGUCCUCAGCUAGAUUUUCGCUCCUUUAUCCGGUUCUUCCAGUUCGCUCUUGAAAUUUCACGAGAAUUAUGGCAUUAUCAUACAGAGCGUCUGUGUGGGCUGCGUUUUCCAUUCUUUGACACCUACAGACGACUUCCAACAAGCCCAUGACACAAACAGGAACAUCUGGGGACAGAAAAUAUCAAACUUUCUCAUGGAGAAGAAGGCACAUUAUGAUUCUAUCCUGGACCGAAGCAAACGCAUUACGUGGCAAGACGACUGCUACGUGGAUCUUCAGUCUACGUCAGAAACAGAAACAGAGGAUCUUAGCUGGAUCCAAAAGCAUCAAGACCAGCUGCAACGCUUCACUACCACCUCCUUCCUGGAGGGAAUGUUAACUCACCUGAGGAAGUUGGAUGUGCUGAGUUCAACUGAGGAGACCAAGAUCAAGGAAGCUGGCCGACUGCAGGACCAGGUUAACAUGCUCACAACUAUUGUCACUGGCAAGGAUGCUCAAGCCUCUGAUGCCCUCCAGGGUUUCAUAGAGAGCUCAGAUUCUCAGGUGGCCCAGCUCAUCAUAAACCAUGAUUGCAUGGUGAAGGAGCACAAAGAGGUGCUUCUACGGAAAUAUGAGCAGUGCAGAGACAGAGAUUCAGUCAGUUGCCCCAAACUGAACAUUUCCUCAAGAACUUUACUUCUGGUCGAUGGACUUUCAGACCUCCAGCAAAAGGAACAUGACCUGAUGCAGGUGGGCGCAACUCGGGGAGGGAAGAGAAAUCAUCUCAGACAGCUGGGGCUUGCCAAGCUUCUUGAGCCCCUGACCCGGGUCAGUUUGCCUCCCAGAGUCUCCCUCACGGUUGGUGUAGCUGGUAUUGGCAAGACCACCUGGGUCCGACACUUCAUCAGACAGUGGAGUCAAGGGGCCAUCUGUACAGAUGUGAGCUAUGUCUUACCUUUUAGCUUUUGUGAGCUGAACUCAUUGGAGAAGCUUUCAGCUGAGAAACUGUUGAAAAUGGCUUUUCCCCAUUUAACAGACCCCAGUCUGGUCCUCAGCAGCUCCUGCAGGACACUGCUCAUACUUGAUGGUUUGGAUGAAUUCCGCUGCACUUUAAAUUUCUCUGAUGCAGCACCCUGCAGUGACCCAAAGAAAGAAGUGUCCAUCGAUGAUUUAAUAACUAACAUAAUCCGUGGGAAUCUGCUCCCUGAUGUAGCAGUGUGGGUGACUUCCAGGCCAGGAGUGGCCUCGCUCAUCCCUGGGGGACUGGUAGACAGGGUGACUGAGAUCCCAGGAUUCAGCCCGAAGGACAUCCAGAUCUUCCUAAACCACCACUUCUCUGAGAGGGAUUUUGCCAACAAAAUAUGGGCUCACUUGGAGUCUCACAAGAUCUUAAUGGUCAUGUGCUACAUACCAUGCAUUUGUUGGAUAGCAGCUGAUACUCUGAUUUACAUCAUGCAGAGUGAAACAGAGGAAAGCCUUCCAAGGACCUGCACUGAGCUCUACACCCACUUCUGUUCCAUGAAGGCAGAAGUAGGCGAACCAAGAGGCAGGGAACCUGUAAAAAUGGAGCAGCUUCAUGGGAGCAACCGUAAACUGCUGGGGAAUCUCGGACGACUGGCGUUUUAUGGGCUCCUCAAACGCAAGUACACCUUCAGUGAGCAGGACCUCAGGGCCUAUGGGAUAGAUCAGCUGUUAACUCAAAGCAGUCUUGGUGCAGGAGUUCUUGUUCGGGAGGAGUCAGUCAUACACACAACAUACCGGUUCACUCAUCUGACUCUGCAGGAGUUUCUUGCAGCUACUUUCUACCAUAUCUCUUCCAAGCGGGCCAUCUUUGACUUGUUCUCAGAAAGCACAAUGACCUGGCCCAAGUUCGGUUUCCAGAACCACUUCAGAAGUGCCUUUCAGCACGCACAACAAGCUGAAGAUGGUCAUUUGGAUGUGUUUGUGCGCUUCCUGACAGGCCUGCUGUGCCCAGUGGCACUGAAACCUCUCGCUGGGCUUUUGGCCCUCGGGAGAGAUGAUGGUAAUCAGAAGACCUGGGCGUCAGGCUUUUUACAAGGCCUCUUAGUCAGUGGGGGAGCUGUGGUGUCCCUGCGUGCAGUCAAUCUGGCUUAUUGUUUACAGGAGCUGCAACACACAGAGCUGUUGCGGAGUGUAGAGGAAGAUUUACGACUUGGAAGCUUGGCAGGGAAGUUAACCCGGGCUCACUGUGUUGUGCUGGGCUACCUGCUGCAUGUGUCCCCAGAGUGCAGUGACCAGACCAACCUAACAUGUUCUUUGAACUACACCACAGUGAAAUGUUUGCUCCCACAGCUGCUGUACUGCAGCCAUCUCAGGUUAGAGAACAAUAGCUUCAAAGAUGAUGUCAUGGAAUUGCUGGGAAGCCUCCUGAGUGCCAAAGACUGCCAUAUUCAGAAGAUAAGUUUGGCAGAGAACGCCAUUAGCAACAAAGGUGCCAAAGCACUGAGUCGAGCCCUUUUGGUGAACCGGACACUAACUUCUCUCAAUCUCCGGAACAACAAUAUUGGCUCUAAAGGUGCAAAGUUCCUGGCAGAAGCUCUGAAAAUGAACCAAGUCCUGGUAUCAAUCAACUUCCAGAACAAUGCCAUUGAGGAGGAAGGUGCUCAGGCCCUUGCAGAAGUACUGCAGUGCAAUCGCAAACUGGUGUCUCUGAACAUACGGAAGAACGCAGUUGGAGCAGGAGGAGCCAAAAGGAUUGCAGAUGCGCUGAAGACAAACCGGACUCUCACAAAGCUGAUUCUUUGUGGCAAUCAGCUUGGGGACAAAGGAACAAUCGCUCUGGCAGAGGCUUUGACACUCAACCACACUCUGCUCUCGCUUCAACUUCAGAGUAACUCAAUCAGCAACAAGGGGAUGACUGCCUUAACCAAAGCCCUUAGGCUGAACCGUGGCCUCGUCUCCUUGAAUUUGCGAGAGAACUCAAUCGGCGUGGAGGGAGCAAAGAACAUGGCCCGCGCCCUCCAUGAGAACAACUCUCUACAGGACCUCGAUCUUACAGCCAACCUGUUGCAUGAUGAAGGGGUUCAGGCUAUAGCUGGUGCAAUCAAGUUUAAUCAAGGCCUUACCUCUUUGCAUCUUCAGUGGAAUUUCAUCAAGUCGUCUGCCACUAAAGCUUUGGCCCAUGCUCUGCUCUCCAAUAGCACAAUGCAGCUCUUGGAUCUACAGGAGAAUUCUAUUGGGAAUGAGGGCGUAAUUUUUCUUGCAGAAGCCCUGAAAACCAACGCAUCUCUUCGUACAUUAUGUCUCCAGGGCGUCUCAGCAGGUACAAAUGGCGCUAUUGCGAUGGCAGAGGCUCUGACGACCAACCAAACCCUGCAAACAUUAGAUCUACGUGGGAACUCUGUAGGGAUGGAGGGAGCAAAGGCUCUGGCUAAUGCGCUGAAAAGCAACAGAAGCCUCAAGUCAAUGAAUUUGCAGGAGAACUCUUUGGGUAUGGAUGGAGCCAUUUUCAUUGCUACAGCCUUAAAGGGAAACCACCAACUGACAUACAUCAAUUUGCAGGGAAAUGGCAUCGGCGAAUCUGGAGCAAAGGUCAUAUCUGACGCCAUAAGAGCCAAUGCUCCAGGCUGUGUGGUGGACAUCUGACCAAGGAAAGAGUAGCUUUUACUGAAGAAGGUUAUACGGUGCAUGUAGCUAAGAAGUAACAGUAGGCUGUGUUAUCAGAAGUUGGUGUAAACUUUGGAAUCUUGUUAAACUUUAGAUUAUAUAUAUGAUGGUACUGAAUGUCACUCUUAAACGUUUUUUUUUUUAAACUAUUUUUUAUGUUUUUAGAUACAUUUUUAUAUUUAUUAUGAGAAUAAACAGUUAUUUUGUCUUGAAGAAGCAGUUGCCACAAAAGACAGGAAAAAGACUUGACAAGUUGCAGCAUAUUUUUCUGUAAAAUACACUCAACAUCCUAAGAUAGAGUGAAGCUACAUCCCUCAAUAUUUGUCCUAAUUUAGAUGUAAUUUUGUACAUUUGCUCUGUUUGCACAAGUGAAUCUGGUCUAUGGAUAAAAUGGAUUUUGCCAUUCACAUAGUAGUUUUAUUCCAUCUGUUAUUAUUUCAAGGACAAAGAUCAAUCAAAAAAUAUGAGCCUGUAGCCCUGUUAUAUAAAAAGAUUCAUUACAAGAUUUGUGAUGAAAUUGUCAUGAACACAUUAUUUCAUGAGGACUGGACUGGAUAUAUAACUGUGUAGGUUAUUUGAUUCAUUAUGUCUGCCUAACACUUAUCAAACACCAGAAAUACUGACAUAACUUUCAGCCAAGUAGAAUCUAACUCUUUAUUUAAUGCAGCUCUUCUGCACUUUUUUGCAUUGUACCUCAUUUGAAACAAAUCAUUGGCCACAUUAUUGGCUCAAAAAUGAUUGUGCUUCAUGUCUUUGUGUGUGUUUUCAAUACAAACAUAGAUUUUAUUAUAUUGUUAUAUUAUAUAACAUGUUACAUGUUAUAUGUUUGACGGGUAUCAUGAAAGAAUAAAGCACGUCUGUCCUCACUAAAUAAUAUUCACUAAUGCCUUUGUGGCCUGUUAUGUAAAAGCAAUCCAGUUCAUCUACUUUUUGAGCCUACAGUAUUUAGAAUGAACCCAGUAAUAACAGACAAAAGUAAACAAAAAAAAUGGAACAGUAAUAAUGAUAGACUUUGUUGUAUGUGUCAAACACAAAGGAGAAAAUAAUCAAACCAAAGGACCCCUGUGAUA